CGCCCCGCCAGCGCCAUGCUCAGCGCCCAAGAGCGCAUCCAGGUGGCGCAGGUCUGGGACCUGAUCGCUGGCCACGAGGCGUCCUUUGGGGCGGAGCUGCUGCUCAGGCUCUUCACCGUCUACCCCAGCACCAAGAGCUACUUCAAGCACCUGGGCUUCUGCCCUGACGAGACUCAGCUGCUGACCCACGGACAACGCAUGCUCGAGGCAGUGGGCGUGGCCGUGCAGCACAUGGACAACCUGCGCGCGGCGCUGAGCCCGCUCGCCGACCUGCACGCGCAAGUGCUACGCGUGGACCCCUCCAACUUCCCUCUGCUGAUCCAGUGUUUCCAGGUGGUGCUGGCCUCCCACCUGCAGGGCGAGUUCACCGUAGAGAUGCAGGCGGCAUGGGAUAAGUUCUUGACCGGCGUGGCGGUGGUGCUGACCGAGAAGUACCGCUGAGUCCCCUGCCCCGCCGGCUUAGAUCUCUGUAUGUCAAUAAACAGGCCUCAAACGGCCGGACCCUG